AUGGGUGACUUCAGGACAUUACCGAUAAAUUCCCUAGAAGGGCGCUCGGACGUUUCUGAUUUUUAUCGAAAUUCAGUGGUCCUGAUUACCGGUGGAAGUGGGUUUAUCGGAAAAGUGUUGAUCGAAAAAUUACUGAGAUGUUUUGAGGUGAGAAAGAUUUACCUUCUGAUGCGGAAGAAAGGGAACGACAGCGUGGAAGACCGGAUGCGAAAAAUUUUCCAGGAACCAAUAUUUAACAGUGUUAAACAAAAUCAUCGCAAUAUUUGUGCUUUGUUUUCAAAAGUGAUUCCAAUCGACACAGAUUUCGAUCAGGAUCAACCUGUUAGUGAAAAGGAUCAACAGUUGUUGCUUCCGGAAGUUAAUAUUGUGUUUAAUGUGUUGGCUUCGGUGAAGUUUAACGAACAAAUUGAGUCCGCCCUGUUCACAAACGUGAUCUGUUCUCGAACGUUGUUCGAGCUGGCAUCGCAAAUGCCUAACCUCAAAUCGAUAGUUCACGUUUCAACGUUCUACUCAAAUUGUGAUCGACCCUGUAUUGAGGAAGUGAUACAUCAGGAUAUUCCAUUUGGUGGAUAUGAAAAUAUUCUGAAUAUCUUUGAACAACUCAACGACAGUGAAAAAGAUCAACUGACUCCGAUGAUCCUCCGGAAGAUGCCCAACAGUUACACAUUCAGUAAAAAGUGUGCCGAAAUUAUGAUACAGAAAAAGUACAACGAGCUUCCGGUGGCCAUAUUUCGGCCACCAGUGGUUCUUUCCGCAUAUCGAGAACCGAUUCCGGGAUGGAUUGAUAACUUCAAUGGAGUGGCAGGGAUGUGUAUUCCCAUCUUGCGCAAAAAGUUCUACUGUGCUCGAAGCUUGCCUGGCAAUCCAAGCCACUCGGUUCCGGUGGAUUUUUGUGUGGCGGCCAUGAUAGCGGUGGGAGCUGAAAUUCGAAAGGAAACUGAAUUGCCGGGACAAAGUCGGAGUGUUCCGGUUUACAAUUAUGCUACGGAUAGGAACAACGUGCUGUGGGAAGAAUACAGCAAAUUGGCUGCCUCGGGUUUGGACACCCGAGUUGGAAGAUUUUUGGGCCAAUACACCAUUAUCAACACAAACUCGAGCAUCUUUCGUCAAAUUUUUGUCUGGCUGUUUCUGCUUCAAGCUCUGGUAGCCGAUUUGAUAAGUGGAUUCACCGGCAAAAAGCAAAGAAACUUGUCCCUAGCCAAGCGGGUGCUGGCCCUAGAAGAGGCGGCCUGUUACUUCGGCCUUAAUCGAUGGACCGUUCGUAAUGAUAACAUGCGCCGCGUAUGGGAACAGAUGAGUGACCGGGAUCGGAAAGCUUUGGAUUUCAACAUCGAUCGCCUAGAUUGGCGGGACUACUUCAAAACCUACAUCGGUGGGGUGCGAGAUGCGCUGACAAGAAGGAAACUUCGGAAGGAUUAGUGGUUUAAAG